AUGGCCCCCGCUUCCGUUCUUCAAUAUGACCUGGUCAAGGCCGAUGUCCUCCGCUCUCUCCCCGAAGACCCCACAGCCGCGAUGCGUUCUUGCCAGCAAUAUAUUAUCGAAAACAUUUCGCAGCAUGAAGAGACGGCUAUUCGCAUUCAUGUAUAUUUUUCCUGGAUGAAGGAGACUUUCCCGGAGACGACAGCUCGCUGGAAAGCCACUCUGGGGGAGGAAGAAGCGCUGGAUACCGUUUACCUCGCCGCGCAAACCAGAUAUGCCGAGCAGCGUCGGCUGGAGAAUGCCGUGUGUAGAAAUUGGCCUGACUGGGACUGGGUCGUCCCGAGAAAGAAGACUCCUCCCCAUUACUCCACCAAGACGCUUAAGGCGUUGAAGAAGCUUUCUGGUAUUCAACCAGACCAUGUCUCGGCCGUGAAUGAGAUUGCCGACCAGGCCGUUGCUCGUCUGAAGCGUAAAGGCGGUCGGCGCACCAAACAUUUGGAGCCGAGGGACAUUGAGGUAGUCAUAGAGAUAAUGGAAGCAGACCAGGUCGAGCAGGUCGAGCAGGCCGGGCCGGAAGAGCAGGAAGAGCAGGAAGAGCAGGCAGAGCAGGCAGAGCAGGCAGAGCAGGCAGAGCAGGCAGAGCAGGCAGAGCAGGCAGAGCAGAGCGACUCGCCCUCGAUCGAAGCUGGCCGCGGCGGUAGUGCACCAGUCAACGACGAUGAGACCUGGGAGGACUUGCGAGCCUCCAUUCCUCCGAUGCAGCAGGAUGAUCACCAGCCGCCUGGAUCGAACAAGCGCUCUACACCUCCGGCCGCUGCAGAAGGAGGUGAGCCCUCCAGCAAACGUCUCCGGGGGCGUGCCUCCAUCGAAAUCGGCGACCUCGAUGCCUCGCGGAUCGGUGCUCUGCACAAGAACAGCACCGUCUCGGCCAUCCUGGCCGUAGCUGCUCGGCGCACCAGCGCUGAUGAGAGUGCGGUCCUCUCUGCUGCUUCUGCAGAGGAGAGACAGGCAGCUUUGGCUCGCCUGGACGAGUCCGUCGAGGCCGUCGAAAUUUUGAAGAAAGCUCUGAGCAAGAUGCCAGAGCACUGGCUUGCUCGCAACGCAUAG